UAUAUACUAAUUUCCAGUUCCGGGCUUGCAAUGGCACCUAGAGCAGUAAUGACGAUAAAAGGCUGACGCGCACAUGUAGGUAUCCUCACCAGCAUGAAAAUCAUGACCGGAGUCACUUUCAAAGAAACAGGAAGAAGUUCCUUCUCAUCUCGAGGGGGAAUGCUGCAGACGUGCUGAGUCAGGAGUCACGUCAGUGUCUCCUAGGAUAAAGGAAUUUCUAUUGCGAAGCAGUAGCACCGGCUGAAGGGAAUCAUGGCGGCAUCAGGGGAGACCACGGGUGAUCGCUACGACGUCGUUAUUUUCGGUGCCACCGGAUUCACUGGGAAAUAUGUCGUGCGAGAUUUGAUUCAGACUAGGAAGCAAUUCUCGGAGUUCAAGGAUCUCACAUUUGCAGUCGCUGGAAGGAACAAGGAAAAGCUCUGUGAAGCUUUGAAUUGGGCCAUCUCCUCUGCCAAGGCUACCGACGUCGAUGCAGGGAAGGUGCCAAUAAUUACUGCAGAUGUGUCGGACCAAGAGUCGCUGCUCUCUAUGUGCAAGAAAUCCAAAGUCCUUGUCGAUUGUGUGGGACCGUACCGGUUUUAUGGAGAGCCUGUGAUAAAGGCAUGCAUUGAAGGUGGAUCAAGUUAUGUUGACAUCAGUGGAGAAACUUAUUUUUUGGAGAAGAUGCAGCUGGACUACCACGAGCAGGCAGAGGCGAAGGGAGUAUACAUUGUUGGAGCAUGUGGCUUUGAUUCCAUUCCUGGUGAUAUGGGGACCAUUUUCCUUCAAGACAAUUUUGAAGGGGAAUUGAAUUCAGUGGAGACUUACCUGAAAACUGAACAAGGACCAGCUGGAUAUCGAGUGAACUAUGGCACUUGGCUAUCAGCCAUCCACUCCCUUGCAAAUACUGGAGACUUGCGUGGUGUUCGCACCAAACUCUACCCCAAGCCAUUGCCAAAACCCAAAUUCAGGAUUGAAGACAGGGGAAAAAUGCACCAAAAUCCUGAUGUGCCUGGCUAUAGUCUCCCCUUCUUGGGCUCAGACAGGCCUGUCAUCCUUCGAUCCCAGAGAUUCUUGUAUGAGCAUGAGAAUCGCCGUCCAGUGCAAAUCCAAUGCUACUUCACUCUUGCUUCACUCCUGAACACCAUUGGCAUUGUGCUGUUCGGUGCCAUUUUCAUGUUCAUGACCAAAUUUUCCUUCACUCGCAAGCUUCUGGAGGAUCAUCCAUCCUUCUUCUCCUUUGGGAUGUUUUGUCGUGGAGGACCAACUGAGGAGCAGAUUGAAGGUGCCAAGUUUACUGUGACAUUGAUUGGGAAAGGCUGGUCAGAGAAGACAUCUGAAGCAUCAGAUCAACAUGCUGAUCCACCUUCCAAGGAAAUGAUAGUCAAAGUUUCUGGACCAGACAUAGGUUAUGUGGCUACAUCCAUGUGCUUCAUUCAGUCAGCUCUGACCAUUUGGAUGGAGUCUGCUAAGAUGCCAUCAAAGGGAGGUGUGUACUCUCCUGGAGCUGCCUUUGCCAAGACCAGUCUGAUUGAUCGUCUCAACAAGCGAGGAAUCAAGUUCUCAAUUGUGAAGAAAGAUUGAGCCCUAUUUCCACUUCAGCUGCCCUGAUGCCACUUUGAAACUACUAUUCUUUAUGUUUUGUGGGGAAAUUUUCAGCUUACUUUCCUUCAUGGAAAAAAAUUUCAUUAUAUCUUUUGUAUUUGUGUAUCUGUUCAAUGUUGGAUCUCACAAAAAUUUUUUUUUUUUUUAUCAUAUGGCUUUUGGAGUAUAUACCACGUAUGUUUAGAUUUGGCUUACAGCUGUUCAUCAUUAUCUUUGUUUUGCUGCCUCCUUGUCUUCAUAGUGCUCCUAUUGCUUUGCAUUCAUAUUAUUCAACUUGAAAGCACAGGAGAAUUAUUGUGAUAUAACAAGUUUAUCCACUCAUGUAUUUUUUAGUGAUGUUAUGGAUUUGAAAGUACGUUGGUGUUCUUGGGUCUGCUGCUGUCAAGAAAUAAGGUGCUUAUGGCAACAAUUGCUACAUGGUUGUGAGUAAUGGGCAUUGAUGUAUUGGGUUGUAGUCUUUAUUGGAGCAUAGGCUAUAUAUUUUGGGGCUUUUGUGUAUGAAUGAUCACACAAUAGAACAAAUGGAACUUUUCUUGGGAU